CGAUGUCUCGCACUUGUCCCAGGUUUACUAACUUAGUGCGUGGUUCUCUCCAGUCUCCAGUCUCCAGAUGCCACUCCUCGCACUAACAAGUGGCCCAGUUGCCUGCAAGACGGGGUUGCCGCGAGUCGGUAGCGAAUCCGCCCGCGUGUCUGCCAUGACGCAUGAAACCAACUUGGUGGGGUUUAAGCCGUCGUUCACCGGUGAGAGGGAAUUGGUUAGCAGCGAAGGGAAUGGAAGGGCGAGGAUGGCUGUUGCACACAAUGCAAUGCCACAAUGCCAUUCUCGUGCUUGGCCUCUGCGUCAGUCAGGAGAGGGUGAGACCACGCGGUGGGUGGUGAAUUGGUGGUGAUGCUGGCCUUCCCCAUCUCCGGAUGCGGUCG